AUGUCCGAUCCCGUAGCAAGGAAAGGUCUUCUGCUCAAAGCCGACCCGAUCGCUGCCGCGUUUCGCGACGAGGUGAAGGGCACCCUCGAAGAAUGCUCGCGUCCACCGAAACUCGUUGGAAUUCUGGCGACGUCGUCUGCACCGAGCAAGAGCUACGCGGAAUUCACGAAGAAACAGUGCGAAGAGCUUGGUGUAGAAUUUGUGUUGAAGAAGACUGGCGCGGCGUUGGAUCCUGAACUUGGCGAGGGCGAGGGUGUGGAGGAGGUGAUCAUUGAGGCGAAUGAGGACGAGGCGGUGCAUGGAAUUAUGGUGUAUUUCCCCAUCUUCGGUGCACAGCAGGAUCACUACCUCCAACAGGUCGUCUCGCCUCUCAAGGAUGUUGAAGGAUUACAUUUCAAAUUUCACUAUAAUUUAUACCACAAUAUUCGUUUCAUAGAACCAAAAUCCCUGCUCGCCGCCGGCAUGUCACCGACAGCACCGACAGAAACGGCGAGCGAAGAACCUCCGCCCGGGACGGUCAAGUCCAUCAUUCCUUGUACGCCGCUGGCCAUUGUGAAAUGCCUGGAAUACAUCGGCGUGUACAACAAAAUACUCCCCUACGGUGAUAGAGCUUAUGGCAAGACGGUGACCGUAAUAAACAGGUCAGAAGUAGUCGGAAGGCCCUUGGCUGCGCUUCUUGCGAACGAUGGCGCUCGAGUUUUGUCUGUCGAUAUUGAUUCUAUUCAAGAAUACACGAAACGGCCCAAAGUUUCGACGAACGCGUCGCCAGAAUCCGUUUCGGCCCAAAGAUACCACCCACGGCACGUCGUCCAUCCCAGCCAUCUCACACUGCAGGAAUGUCUCGCCAUCUCCGAUGUCGUCAUCUCUGCGGUUCCGAGUGUGACCUACAAGGUUAAGACCGAAUGGCUGAAGGAUGGCUGCAUCUGUGUCAACGUCGCUGCGGACAAGAACUUUGACAAAGACGUCCGGGAUAAGGCCUCAAUUUACGUCCCUGCUGUCGGGAAAGUGACUAUCCUCAUGCUACUUAGAAACUUGUAG